AUGCUCGAUCGAGUUCGUCAGCGGGCCUGGCGGUCGGUGCGGGCGGCUGCUCCGACUCAGGUCUCAGCAACACGACCCUCGCGCAGUACAGCAUCCACGGCGAGAGCAUCCAGCAGGUCGUCUUCUAACUGUCCAUCAUGCCGUCUGAUCAAUACAGCUGGUCAGCCUCGGCCACUGUCGCUUUGUGGCUCACAACAACGCCGCUUGCAUAUCAGUAGCCCUCUCGGUAAUCGACCAGGCCCGAGCCGCUUUCCAGCUCGAAAGGCCACGCCAUUGGACGACAUCACGAGGCUACGAGAGCUUAUCAACCGAGCCAAUGCCACCAACUCGAAGCUCUCGAAGGAACGCAUUCUUGCCGAAUUCAAUGAUCUCGUACCGCUCCUCGCAUUUCUCUACGACCCGUAUACGCGCUUGCAUGUCACCUCAUCCAGCGUGCACAACUACCUUCGUCAAAGGCAAAAGGAUCACGACUGGCAAAACAAUCAAGCGCCUCUCGUGAGCCGCCCCUCCAACAGCUCGCGGGACAAAACACGAGCCGCUGCCCUGCGAGCUAAGCAGGAAGAGGAAGUCCGAGAGCAGGUACCAGAUACGCUGCUCGACCUCUUUCAGCUGCUAGCGUCUCGGCAGAUCACCGGUCAUGAAGCUCUGGCCGUCAUCGGCACUUUCUUACACAAGCACGGUAUCAUCGCACAGCACGAGUAUGCGCUGAGGGGAACCGAUGAUUCAGACAUGUCAACCACGGAACUCUUCCGUCAAGGUUUGCUGCGGCCGACGUCGCUCGAGAUUUUUUAUCGAUGCUUGGAUCGCAAUCUGAAGGCUGGAUUCGGCGGACGGAUCCUGCAUCAAGCCUUUGCAACGGCCCCUAUUCAUGACGAACAAUCGAACGUAAAAAUCGAGAAUCAUGAUGGAGACCGCCAUCCCGACGCACCCGUGUCAUUUCGUGGCUCGUUCGAGGUAGCUGUGGGCAGAACCAUCACGAGGGAGGAACUCCCUUCACUCCUUUCAAACGACGCAGCGCCAAGAUGGUAUGCGAGCAGAAAGCUAGAUGGCGUUCGAUGUCUCUUCACCGUACAUUUCCGUCGAGAUCAAGUCGGUGAUGACGCACAAGCAAAAUGGAAAGUUGCGUCCAUUGAAGCUCUUUCACGCAACGGCAGACCCUUCACCUCGUUGGCUGUUCUGGAAAAGGAGCUCGCCCAAAGACUGACCGAGUAUCCUGGCUUGCAUGAUCUGCUCGUCUCUUCAGAGGAGAAACCCGAGCACGACACGCAGCAACGUCAGACAGCGACGCUCAUCCUCGACGGCGAGGUCUGCAUUCUCCGACACCCAGAACAAGCAUCAAAGUCUGCGAUCCGGCAGCUAGACGCAAGUCUCUCAGCCCCGAUUCAGGACACGACAGAGGGUACGAUGGUGGAAGACUUUGCUGCGGUCGUCGGACUCAUCAAGCGCAAAAAUUACACCAUCCGCGAGCCUGCCUUCUUCCCCUUCGACCUGCUCACCUUGGACGAAUUCGCCACCUGGCGAUCGUCACCCGCAAACGGACGCACAAGACGCACGUUUUCUCAACGGCUAGCAUCGCUCGAGUCGCUCGUCUCGUACUUUGAAGCAGAUGCGCGAGAGAAGGGCAAGCAGAGCCUCGUCCGCAGACUAUCGCAAAAUGUCGUCUCGGCGACGAGUCAAGUCGAAGAGAUGCUUGCCACUGCGAGCCAGCGUGGUUGGGAAGGUCUCGUCCUACGACAAGACACGAUGUACGAGGGCAAACGCACGUCGGCCAUUCGCAAGUUCAAAGAGUGGAGGGAUGCAGAGUACACGGUCAAAGCCAUCACUGUCGCCACGAUGCGUCUGCCCAUCAGCGGUAGAUUCGAGGAGCGCGAAGCGAUGGCUAGUAUCCAGAUCGAACACAAGGGGACCAGUGUGUCCGUCGGAUCGGGAUUCACGCCAGAGCAGCGCGUCGAGUUUGCGAGCGAUCCAGACAAAAUCAUCGGCAAGGUGGUGACGGUGGAAUACUUUGAUGAGAGCAAGACGACAGCAGGUGCUUCCGAUGGCGAAGAGUCAUCGCAGCAAGCCGACGGAGGGAAAGCUUCAAAGGAAGUGUACAGCCUUCGGUUCCCACGGUUGAAACAGAUCUGGGGUGUAGAACGUGAUUUGUAG